AUGGUUCCUCCGCCUCCUCGGUUCUACACAGAUCGUCGUCGAUCGAGGUCUCCGCUUGGCGUUUCUUCUCAUAGUGGUCGAGGUGAAAGGAAUCUUCCACCGCGUCACUUCAAGAAUGGCCAGCCCUACUCGGAAUAUAGGCCAAAAGUUCGGGUAGAUGGGAACAUUAACAACAUUAGGCGAGAAUUUGGCCUUCCACGUUAUGAUGUUCCACGCCAUGGGAGGGUUUUUGAGCAAUCAUCCGCUCCUUGGGCUCAAAGGAGUCGUAGUCCACCGCCAAUGUCUCGUGUUGUUCGGGAUGUGUCUUCAAAACACUCAAAUGGAGAUCUUGAUUAUCCAAUGAAGCGUCCUCAACGCCACACUCCACCGCCACGACAGCCAACACGCAGUGGGCCAAUGCGCACAUUUAAUCGGCAAAAUCGAAACCCCAAUGGUCUGCGUUCUCCGCUUAAUUUCCGAGGAUUCCUCGAAGAACGUCCACGCGGGCGAGCUUUAAUGCCUAAUCGAGGGAAGGGUCCCGAGGCUCGGGUGUUUACCUGCAAUUCUCGCGAGCCUGUCGAAGCCUAUUUGCGCUCGACAAGUGUAGAAAAGGAAGAAAAGUAG